AUGGAUGUGGAAUCAUUGAAAACUUUGGAGUUGAAUGUAUUAUCCUCCUUCGACGAUUUUUAUGUUCCUAAGCAUAUAUCUCUUCCACAACUCAAGCGCCUUAAACUUGGUGGAGUCACAUUCAGCAAAGAUUACAAUCAUGAGCUGCUCAGUUUAUCUAAUUGCCCUGUACUUCAAGAUUUGACACUGGAGUGUUGUAGAUGGGUUGAUGUGAGGAGUUUCUGUAUUUCAGCUCCUUCAAUUGAACAUUUGAAAAUUAUCAGUGCUCCUAAUGGUGGUGAUGAACAGGAUGAUAGGGAUUAUAUUAGUGGUUUACGAGAUAGUAGCCUCAAAAUUCAUGCACCAAGGCUAGUGUCUCUCACCUACAAGGAUAGUAUUCCCAAGAAUUUUGUCCUUUCUAGUUCUCUUACACUGGCUGAAGCAGAUGUAGAUGAAUUAUAUUUCUGGGGCAAUCAUGCAACAGAAACAAGGGAGCAACAGAUAGGUGUUGGGGCAGCUGCAAUAAGGUUUCUUCAAUUACUUUCACAUGUAAAGGUUCUAUCAAUUGCUGAUCGACUGCUAAAGUUGAACGUAUCUGCUGAAGCGAAUGAUGGUAAAGCACUGGUUGCUUUGUUGCGAUCAACACCUAUUCUGGAGUCCCUUGUAUUCAACGAGACAGUUAGCUCUAAGCAAUUUACAGGUGAAGACCUUGAGAUGUGGUGGGUAAAACUAAUUUUGGAAAAAGCUAAAGCAUUGCAGACGAUGACUAUUUUCCAUUACGUGGAUGAUGAUGAUCCAACUGCGAAAGACAAGGAAGAAGUAGGGGCGGGGUUGUCAAGUCUAUUUAAAGCUUCAGCAACGAGUUAUGUGUUGAACUUCUCUUAG